CCUCUCACGCUCUUAUCAGAGAGAUUAUUAGAGCUAAUAUAAGCACGGCAAACCUUUCUCACUCUCAUACACUGAGCAUAUCUGUACAAGAGUGAAAACGUUGAAAUUAUAAAUCUGACUUUAAAGAUGAGAGCGUCAGGAUAUCGACUCUUCGCUUUCGGCAUGCUGGUCUGUCUAAUCUGUGCCAUCCAGGUACAGGCAGCUCCAGUAGCAGAUGACUGGGCAUCUGGGCUCAUCCAUCGUGCCAAGCGUUCAUUACUUUGGAGAUGGAACACGCUGAAGCCUGUUGGUGCUGGAUGCAGAGACAAUUAUGAAUGUGGCACCAAUUACUGCAGGAGACACAUCUGCACUUUCCAGCCCAAAUCCACAUCAUCCUAACAAUGACGACCUACACUACUGCUGCUUACAAAGAGGAAAUGCAUGCUGGGAAAUACACACGAAUGAAUUUUGAACAGCAUCGACUCUAUUUAGAGAUAAAGCUUCAACGCUGAACCUAAUUCCAGAAACUGUUAUUUUGAACCUAUGGAAAUACUUUUAAAUUGUUUUAGCAUGUAUAGAAAAAUACACUCGAUACUAAAAAAACUUAAAGCCUAUAUGGUUUAUUAACAAGUUAUUUAUUUGUCAAUACUAGCAAUACUAGUCACAUGAUGUAAAUACAGUUUGUUAAUAUGUUUGAAAUGUUGAUAUUGUUACAUACAGAGUGCAAUAUGUACUGUUUGUGUUUUUUUUAGGAUAAAAUACAUUAUGCAAUAAAUGAAUCAAAAACAAAAAAAGGACAGUAGAACAAACACAUUGUGGGCUGAAUGAAGUAUUUUGCAUUAUAAUCAGAAAAAAAAAAAAAUCUACGUAAUCUGUGGUAAUCUGUGAACACACACACACCAAAAAAUGAAUGAGGUUAUUAAUAAAGUAAAAC